GCUGUUGCGUUGAUGACGCAGAUCUGGCAACCCUGCUCCUUCAGCCGCUUCAAUAACAUCACAGGGGCUCUGGCGAGAGCGCGUGGGCUUUGAAGAGAACAACCGUUUACAUCUUUUCAGGGUUUUUUUAAUUUUAUUUUUUAUAUUUUAAAGUUCGUUUCGAGGACUUUAUUGACAACGUCAAAUAAGGUGAACAGCAGCUGAAUAACGGUCACGAACAAGUGCUCGGUCCCCGGAGCAGUGAAACGGUGCUAGCGAACAAGCUAACAAGUGCAAUGGUUGAAGAGGAACAAUUUGUGAAUAUAGACUUAAAUGAUGACAACAUCUGCACCAUCUGUAAGCUGGACACAGACACGGGAACUCUGUCCUUUUGUCACGUCUGCUUUGAGCUGAGCAUAGAGGGUGUGUCCACUGCCGCUCUGCUGCACUCCACGUCUCUGCAUGGGCACAGGGACUGCUUUGAGAAGUACCAUCUCAUUGCCAACCAGAAGGUCUCGCAUGCCAAGGCCACACGCAGUACCUAUGAGGGUGUCAAGCGGGCACUGAGCCAGCAGAUCAGCCGCAUUGUGCAGUACGCCCAGAACAGGGACUCUGGCUCCAAACACCAGCUCCUGUUUCACACACAGCAGGGUGACAGGAAGUUGACGGCCCAGUCAGAUGCCCAGGUCCCCAGAUAUGCCCCACGCUGGGUGGAGGGCACAUGUCCAAGUGAAACGGACGAUCUGGAGCUCUUGCAGGGCUCUGGACAGCUGUGGAGGAAUGAUCAAAAGCACACACUGCAACAGCAGGGGGGAGGAGGAGGAGGAGGAGAACAGCAGGAGAGACACGCAGGCCACAGCCGAGAGAAACUGGUGAAAAUGAGUGUGGAAGAGCUUCAUCAGCUGAACUCACAGCUCCUGCUGCAGAUUCAAGAGGUCUUUGAAGAGCUUUCUGUAGCUGUGCAGGAGAAGGACUCUUUGGCAUCUCAGCUCCAUGUCCGCCACAUUGCCAUUGAGCAGCUCUUUAAGAACUGUGCCAAACUCCCAUGGCUUCAGAUUGGCCGAGCGGGGGUCAAAGCCAGCAACCCCUCAGUGGAGUGAAGUGUAAGUUGUCCACAGAGGAUUAAAGAGCACCCUCUAGUCUGGGGAGACGGGAAUAAAGGUUACACUCGAGUCACAUGCUUUUCACUCCCUGUGUGUACUCUUAAGUAGUUGGGGUUGAUGUGUCUGUGUGUGUGUGUUCUUGCAGUACUUGAACAAGAGAAAUCUUGAAAGAGGUUAACACAGGGAGUUUUGGACCUUCUGUAAGGUGGACCUGUGGUUACUAUGCAGACUGAGGUCUCACUGAGGACCGACCAUGGCCUCAUCAAUAUUAUUUUGAAUAAUAUUCUUAUUACUUUUAUGUUAUGUCUUUGACAUUUGUAUUUAUUUGCUGUUAGUUAAUAUUAUUAUUCUUAUAAAUUAGUAACUUUUUUUGUAUUAGAGAAGUUCAUGCGUCAAUAACUGUGCAUGAAAGACCAGAGUUUGGGCUGAUUGGCUCUGGUGUUACUGUGGUAAUGGUUGCUUAUUUAAGGAAGUGUUUCCUCUCUGAUCUUUGCAGUGGGAUUGUGGUUUCCAGUUAUGAAACACUUUUCUCUGCAGUGUACCAGUGCAACACAAUAUAAUGAUGAGGGAUGCAAAUCUCAGGCUUCCACAGGAUACUAUACGAUUCAGAAGGCAACAAUUCAGUAUUUGACAAUACCACUGAAUCUGCUACGAUAUGAUUUAGUAAGCUCCGAUUGGUAUAUAAGCAACUUUGUUCAAAAUCUGGGUAGGCCUGCUGUUAAUUUGUGAAUGAUGAUGAUGCUGUAUAGAGAAGGACUAAUUUAAGUAUCAAGAGUUAUAGGCAGAUGACCUUGCUAAGACAUUGUUUGUCUGUUCUUAUGAUUGUUGCUUGGUUUCAUUUCAGUCAACGCUUUUUAAAUCAAUGCAUCAAUCCAAAUCAACCGAUCAUUACACCCUUAAUAUAGAUUUAACCCAGUUUUGGUAUACUACAUGGAAGCUGGUCAGGGUUUGCUCUUUUGGCUUGUUUUGAGAUUGCAGUAUACACUUUUAUUUAUUUAUUUUAUUUUAUUUUUUGGUGUGAGUCUUAUAUUUUCUUAUAUAAAGUCCCACUCACCCCCAGCAAGCCAUUUCAUGUUCUUCCUACAGUGCUGUGAAAAAGUAUUUGUUUUUGUGUAUAUCUCAUACUAAAUAGUUUUAUCUCUUUAAACGAAAUACAACAUAAAACAAUGGCAACCUGAAUAAACACACAAUACAGUUUUUAGUUUUUUUUUAUUGAAGCGAAAAAAGUUAUCCAACACCUAUACAAUAGCUGCAACCAAAUGCUUCCAAUAACUGGCAAUGCUUUCACUUUCUUCUAGGACUAGGACUUACUCCUAUGCUUUAGAUCAUUGUCUUGCUGCAUAAUCCAGUUACAACUUGGGGACUGAAGACCAGACAUUCUCCUUUAAAAAAAUAAGUACACCCCAUGGAAAUUGUUGCUUUUUUUUUUUUUUAAACAUAUUUGGA